CCAGGAGGACCCUCUCCAACAGGUCCGGGACCGCCAUGAGGGUAACAGAGCAGUAGUGCUGCUGGCUGCUGGCCUCGGGUCCGGUGAAGAGCGGAGCAAGAGAGAAGAGGAGGAAGACCGGAGGAGAAGUGUGUUUACGCAGACGGCGGCAGCGGCAGCGUGCCUAGGGAGCGCAGUGGGAGGAGGCGCAGGAGGCGCUGCGUCUGGCCGCUCCAACUUCCUGCUCACACAGAAACCAGGAUCCGAUUUCAGUCCAACACCAGUGAGGAGACCGGAGCAAGCAUGGAACAACAAGGGACCUUACGGAGCUCAUCGUGAAGGUUGGCCAGCGGGGAAAACGUGACGAAAAGAGCAGGCAUGGACAGCGCCAUCACCUUGUGGCAGUUCCUCCUGCAGCUGCUUCUGGACCAGAGCCACAAGCAGCUCAUCUGCUGGACGUCGGCGGACGGGGAGUUCAAGCUGCUCCGCUCCGAGGAGGUGGCCAAGCUGUGGGGGCUGCGCAAGAACAAGACCAACAUGAACUACGACAAGCUGAGCCGCGCCCUGCGCUACUACUACGACAAGAACAUCAUCAAGAAGGUCAUCGGCCAGAAGUUCGUCUACAAGUUCGUGUCGUUCCCGGAGAUCCUGAAGAUGGACCCCCAGGUGGUGGAGCGGGGGCUGGCCUCGGGACACCUCCCCCUGCGGGCGGAGGAGGAGGAGGAGCGGGAGGAGGAGGAGGAGGAGGAGGCCCUGGAGCGGGAGGUGAAGGAGGAGCAGGAGGAGGCGGCGCUGGAGGAGGUGGAGGCCCAGCGGCGGGCCCUGGCUGUCCUGCAGGCCCAGGUGUGUCACAGCGGCGGCGGCGGUGGGGGCGGGGACUACCUCCGCUCCGGCCUCUACUCCUCCUUCAGCGUGGCGGCGCUGCAGGGCCAGCCGGAGCUGCUCCGCGCGCUGCGUGAGGAGCAGCUCCUCCACCAACACCGCCUCCACCACCACCACCAGCACCACCCCCCCCACGACGCCGAGGCCCGCUCCGUCAUCCGCUUCGGGGCCAACGGCCUCAAGGACCGGGCCCCCCCGACGCCGCCCCUGAUGACCUCCUACAGCGCCGGCGCCGCCUCCAGGCAGUUUGUCGCCUCCCCUCCGCCCUCCCCCCACAGCCCCCGCCCCCUGCGGGCCCCGGGGCCCAGCUGGAGCCCCCGGGAGGAGGAGGAGGAGGAGCUGGAGGAGGAGGACGAGGAGGAGGAAGACCAGUGCUCCCAGCCCCUGAACCUGUCUUCCGGGCACAGGAAGCGCGCCACGCUGCUCCCCGAGCAGAGGAGCUCCACCAGCACCAGAACUCCUGGAGGAGGUGGGGGAGGAGGAGGAGCUACGUCCGCUGCUGCUAACGGCAACGGCGGUCGUAGUCGGGGAGAUGGACUUCUACCGAGGAGCAAAAAGCCCAAAGCCCUGGAGAUCCCCGGGCCGUCCCUGCUGCUGACAGGAAGUGACCUGGGCUCCAUAGCGCUCAACAGCCCCGCGCUGCCGUCCGGCUCGCUCACGCCCGCCUUCUUCACAGCACAGACUCCCUCUGGCCUGCUCCUGGCUCACAGCCCCCUGCUGUCAGGGAUCCACUUCUGGAGUAGCUUGAGUCCAGUGGCGCCGCUCAGCCCCGCCCGGCUGCAGGGCCACGCCUCCCUCUUCCAGUUCCCCAGCCUCAUCAACGGCCACAUGCCCAUCUCUCUGGCCGGCCUGGAAGGCAACCCCUCCUCUCUGCUGCUGGCCUCGCAGCUCCACAAGUCCUGAUCGGAACGGAGGGAACGAAAUACUUAAAACGUUUUUUUAAAACUCCUGUCUCUUAGCGUCGACAGUCCUUAGACCUCGUCUCUCUCUCCCUCGUUUUGUUGAACAUGUGCCUGCCGUGUGGAGUUUGUAUGAUGAACCGUCGAAUGCGGGACCCUCACCUUUGUUUGUUUCGUUCUCGAGUUGUUCUGAGUCUCAUCUUGGUUGAGCCACGGGUGCCACGCCCUGGAGGUCCUGCUCCUCUCCUUCCCCCCGGAUGUCCGGCUUCUCUCCGUGUCCCUGGAGGUCUCCUCUCUGCUCCUAGAGGUCUCCGCUCCCACCUGGAGGCCUGGAGGCUCCUCUCCCCCUGGAGGUCUGGCUCCUCGGUUCAAAGCGUUUGAACGGGUGUGGAAGAUGGAGUUCUUGUGGCUUAGUGUAGAAAUGCUACUAGAUCCAAACUCCAUUUCUUUUUGUAUUCUUUGGAAAAGCAUCUCAUUGUUGAUUGCCAAUGGAAACGUGUAGUUUCUGUAAGUGGUGAAGUCUAUUUUGUAGCACUGUGCUUCUAUAUUACUGGCUGUGCCUUUGUUUGAUUUUUCCUUUUUUUAUAAAGACGAGAUUUCUAAUCAAUUGAAAACCUUUUGUAAUUCUUGUGUUUUUAUACUGGACUUGAUAUACAGUAUAUAAUCUGUAUACUUUUGUAUUGGUGAAAAAAAUGUUAUUUUCAUUAAACAAAGCAUUGAAUGCUUGAACAUG